AUGAUUUCAAUCAAUUUGACGCCACUUUCUUCGGACUGGGCUGUGUCAACAGCCUUCGCCAACUGGGCGUCCGCGCCUACGAAGAGCUCUAGUGGAUGCUCCGGUAGUAGCUACGGCCAGACACUUGUGGAUUUGAAGCAAAGCCUUCAAACGGCGACAAUGCAGACCCUCUCCAAUCUAAAGUCGCUUUACGCCAGCCGUAUAUCAUUUGUGUUUGAUUUCAAGGGCCCGUCACUGAUGGUGGACACCGCCUGUUCGGCCAGUCUAUCGGCUACUACUCUGGCUAUGAAUGACAUGAGACUCGGAAACAUCGAUACGGCGAUCGUUUGCGGCACUCAUAUGCUGUUCGAGCCAUUCGUACUGCAGUUCCAACAGGAGUCGGGUCUGUGUUCGCCCAGAGGUGUGGCCGCAGUCCUCGAUCAGGACGCCGACGGCUUCAUCAAAGGCGAGGCCGUGUGCUGUGCUUUCCUACAGCGCAGGCGCAACGCCCGUCGUGUGUACGCCACCAUGGUCAAUGCCAAAAUGAACAUCGAUGGUAAUAAGACGAGGCCAUACAAGAAGGGUAACCGGCUGCGAGCGGGCGAUCCCCAGGAAAUAAAGGCCAUAUAUAAUGCUUACGUUAAGGCUCCGGGACGUACUGAACCCCUGCCGUUGGGGGCGUUGAAGAGUAAUAUGGGUCACUCGGAGGCCGGGUCGGGUGUGGCGGCCAUUAUUAAAGUGUGUAUCGCUUACGAGAAUGAAUGCAUUCCUCCCAACCUUAAUAUGAAACAACUGAAAGACGAAUGCCUUCCCUAUUGUCCGCCAAUAAAGCCUAUUGUGGAGCCCAUGCCAUAUAAACCAGGUUUGGCCGCAAUCAACAACUUUGGUAUCGGCGGUGCGAACGCACACGUAUUGCUCGAACCCAACCAUAAGUUGGGAACCAGUGAUGGACUGAGAAUUGCCGAAACGAUUCCCAGAAUUGUUAACAUUUGCGGCCGAACUGAAGAUGCGGUCAAAUAUGUGAUGGAUUUCAUACAAAACAACCCAAAGAGAGUGACGAAUGACUUUUUGGCGCUUUUGGCACAGACUAUGAAAUACACGCCUAAUGUUCACUCAUCGGGAAUGCCAUACAGGGGUAAAAGUGUGAGACCUUUAUGGCUACUGUUCCCGGGUUUGGGCGGUCAGUGGCCGGCAAUGGCUAAGGCUUUGAUGCCAAUCAAGAUAUUCGCCGAUAAAGUGGAGGAAUGCCAUCAAAUACUACAAGAGUUUGGAAUGGAUUUGAAGACAAUGUUAUUAUCCGAAGACAAGGCAUCGAUGGCUUCAAUGACCGCAAAGUUCUGUUCGACGACUGCUAUAGAGAUAGCGUUGUUUGAAGUGAUGAAAGCGCUGGACAUCACACCCGACGGUAUAAUUGGCCACUCGUUUGGAGAGAUAGCCUGCGCUUACGCUGACGGGUGUCUCGACACACGGGAAGCAAUGGUCGUCACAUCAAUCCGAGGAAUAGUUACAGAAAACGACAAAAAUAUACCGAAAGGACUGAUGGCUGUCGUGGGGUUACCGAAGGCUGAGGUCCAGAAGUUGUGUCCAAACGGUGUUUACAUCGCGUGUAAUAACGCUAAGGAUAGUGUCGUUAUUUCGGGACCCGAACAGGAGAUGAAGAAUACAAUCAAAGCAUUGGCGGACAAAAAUAUAUUUGUCCGCCAAUUAGAGAGCAGUAAUAUUGCUUAUCAUUCAAAAUACAUCCAAACCUCUGCCCAGCCGUUGAUCGACGCCAUCAAUAAACAUAUACCGCAUCCGAAGCCGCGCUCCAAGAAAUGGUUGUCCACUUCACUCAUGGUAUCUGAUCCACAAGAGGAGGCCCUGCGGUGCGCCUCGGGCGAGUACUUUGCCUAUAACUUGGUUCACCCUGUUCAGUUUUACGAUCGCAUCAAACAACUGCCCGCCGACGCCAUUGUUUUAGAGAUCGGUCCGCAUUCACUGUUUGGCAAAAUAGUGAGCGAAACACUCAAUGAGUCCUCUUAUGUGUCGCUCAUUAAAAAGGAUUCAAACGAUAAGAAUAUGGACUUAUUUUUGUCCGGUUUGGCCACUCUGUAUGAGUUGGGCGUCAAUCUGUCGGUCGAUAAGCUGUACCCUCGGGUCGAGUGGCCGGUGGCCCGCAAUACACAGUCCAUAAACUCGCUGAUGAGAUGGGAUCACAGUUUAGAGAUUCAGCGGCGGAUAUAUCCGGAGCGCUGGAAUCGGGGAAACGCUUCCGACAUGAAUGUUGUCGUCAAUUGUAGCGCAAAAGGCGAUGAGUUUUAUUUGGAUCACUCGGUCGACGGCAACCCUAUAUUCCCCGCCACCGGCUAUUUGAUGCUGGCGUGGCGUAAACUGGCGGCCACCAUGGGCAAAUUGUGGUACAGCGUGCCCGUUUUAUUUGAGAAUGUUCAAUUAAAAAGGGCUAUAUUUUUGACCGAGGGCAAAGACACCACUCUUACUGUUAAAUAUUAUCCAUUAAACGGUGAAUUUUCAAUCUACGAGAACGACAACGUUUGCGUUUCGGGCAAAAUCCGUGCGCCGGGCGAUGACGUGCUAAUCGCGCAGCACUUGCUCUAUGAAAACGAGCGCAAACUUUCUGAGACCCAGUACUCGGUUAAUAGGGACGACAUAUACAAAGAGUUAGGUGUUAUGGGCUUAGACUACGGGCCGGCGUUUCAACGGCUACGCAAAGUGGGCACAAAUAAUUACAACGAGUUUUACGGUGUGUGCGAAUGGGACGGACAGUUUGUCACUUAUAUGGACGCGUUGUGCCAAUCGCGCGCCCUAUCGGUGCCGUUUCGCAAAAUGCUUUUACCGGUGCUCAUCCGUAAGUUACGGCUCGACCCACGGGUUAUGUUUGACGCUUUCAAACGGCACAGGCGUCAAGUGGACGAACCGACCACUGAUGGCACCGUCGCCUCCAAUUCGAGCCAAUUGAACGUCGAUAUCGACGAUGUUUUGGACUCUACAGUAGUUCCCGAUUCCGAAGCCACGACUGGCGAGCAAAACACUCUGUCGACGGUUAUGGCCAAAGAGAAAGUCCGAUUCAACGAACGCUUCGCCGUCUACUCAUCGGAAAUACCGUUUUAUUACAAUUUGAAUACAAAACAAUUGGUUUCGCCGGGCGUUGAACUCGAAGAGGUUAUCGUAUUUCCUGUACCCCGACGUACGGACACCACUGGUCUGGUCUUGGAUUCCGCAGAGUUCUGCGCCAACGAUGAUAAUCAGGCCAUUGAUGACAGUUUAUCGACAGCUGUGUCCAAGUAUUUAGAAGUUUGUAAAUCAAUGGCGGCUAAAGUAAAGCAACUGAAUGUCAGAGAAAUGAAAUGCGAUUUUAAUUAUAAAAACAUCGGCGAAGAAGUACUUCAAAAAUUGAGGAGCGAUUCCACUGAAAGUCAUGUUAUGUUUCGCACAUUUGAUAAAUUACUGACAGGAGUUGUGGACAAAAAUUGUAAUAAACUGAACGACAAAGAAGUGGCAAAUCUUUUAAAUGAAAUACAAACAAAUCCUGAAUACGAUUUGAGUAAAGAUUUAGUGAAUCAGAUCCAGAAGAAUGAACGUAUGGUUAGAUCAUUGAUGGAAAUUGUUUGCGAAAACAAUGUAACAAAUAGUAAUAUAAAUAUCACCGAAAUUAAUAUGAGCAACAAUUUUAUGGUCAAAGAUGUGGAACAGAUUGUCACACAUUUUCGUAUACUUCCCUUUGAAGUCGAUUAUAAACUUAUUGUGAAAAGUAAACAAUCGGUGAAUGAAUUAUAUAGAGAAAGAGCCACUGAAUGGCAACUUAAAGAUGACAUACCAUUAAAACCCUCGCAUUUGGUUAUAAUGAGAGACACACAAGACUUAUGGCAAAUGGAUUUGAAUCAAUUCACACAAGACUUGUUUGACUCCAUAAACAGCAAUGGAUUCCUAUUAUCGGUAUUUCGGUAUAAGUUUACGGAACCGGAGAUUGCGUUCAUGUCUUUGACGGGAAAACCAAUUCCAAAAAAACACAAUGUUAUCAAAAUAACCGGCGAUUAUCAGCAAUGGUUUGGAGUAUUGCAGGAGAAACUGAUUGCCGCUAAAGAGGCGGACAAUAAGACCGAUAACAUAUGGCUUGUAUCGCAGGACUCGAGUAUUAAUGGUAUCAUUGGUUUAAUGAAUUGUUUGCGAUUAGAACCGGGAGGAGAGAACUUUAGAUAUAUCUUCCAUAUGGACACCAAUAGUGAGACAAACAUUGACUUUAAUAUUAAGCCAUAUUCUGAUAUAUUGGCCAAUGAUUUGGUCGCCAAUGUUAUCAAAGAGGGAAAACUGGGAACUUAUAGACACAUAAAACUUCCCACAGAUUUUGAUAAAUGUGUGUCAAAUGAUUAUUACCUAAACUCCGGCACAACAAAAGAUUUAGCGGAUUUAGCGGGUAUUCAAUGGUAUGAUUCCCGGAAAUUACCCGAAAUUAAAAAGUACUGGAAUUUCAAUAACGAGGAAAUUUUCAAAACACGGGUCGAGAUAUAUUGUGCGGGCAUUUCAUUUCACGACGUUAUGGUCGCUUCAGGCCGUAUACCCUCGGGUCCGGAGCAAAUAUUUACUGAUUGUGUUUUGGGCUGCGAAUAUGUGGGCCGUCGCGUGGAUACCGGUGAACGGGUGAUGGGUAUAGAUAUGGGCCGUACUUUUGCCACAUCGGUAAACGCCAGCAUUCAUAGCAUGACUACAGUUCCCGAGCACUGGUCGAUGGCAGACGCGGCCACUAUAUUGAGCACAUAUAGCACUCUGUAUUACGCGCUCAUCAAACGCGCUAAUCUUAAACGAGGUGAAAGUAUAUUAAUACACUCGGCGGCGGGAGGUGUGGGUCAGGCGGCCAUCAAUAUGUGUAAGCAUUACAACUGCGAUAUCUUUGUGACGGUUGGGACGGAAGAGAAGAAACAGUUUUUGAUGAAAGAAUACGAUAUACCGGAGGAACGGAUCUUCAACUCAAGAGAUAUCGUAUUCAAGAAUCAAGUGUUGAAUUUGACUGAAGGAAAGGGAGUGAAUAUUGUGUUGAAUUCAUUGGCGGGCGAGAAGUUGGACGCGUCCUACGAGUGUGUGGCCAAUAGCGGCCGCUUUGUAGAGAUCGGUCGGUACGACAUGUUUCAAAACAAGCAAAUAGGCAUGUUUGAUUUUGUACGCAAUAUUCAGUUCAUCGGUAUUGUUAUCGAUAUCGUUAUUAUGGAUGAAAUGGAUUUCUUCCCCGAUUUCUACGAUUGGGUUCACAAGAACUCGAAGAAUGGUUGCGUUAAACCCAUUAAUUAUACAUUGUUUGAGGCCAAGGAUGCGGACAAAGCGUUUCGUUAUAUGACAACCGGUAAACAUAUGGGAAAAAUUGUCAUUAAAAUGAGAGACGAAGAGAUGGAUAGGCGGCCAUUGAAAGCGAUAAAACCGGCCGUAAAUAUGAAGACAAUGAUUAAGACAUUCUUCGAUCCAAACAAAGUCUAUAUUAUAACCGGCGGUUUGGGUGGUUUUGGUCUGGAGCUGAUCCCAUGGAUGCAAUAUUCAGGCGCCCGAAAGUUUGUGGUCACCUCCCGGUCCGGCCUUAAGACUGAUUACCAGAAAUACGUUUUCAAUCGUUUCAAACAAUUUUAUGAAAAAAUAAAAUUAUUUGAGUGCCAAUGGAUUGUCUCGACUGCCAAUGGAUUCACUAUCGAAGGCACAAAACAGCUGUUAAAUGAGGCCAAAGAGUUGGGACCCAUUGGAGGGGUAUUUCAUUUGGCGAUUGAAUUAAAUGACUGUUUGAUAGAAAAGCUAUCGUUUGAAAAGUUUUGUUCAUCUAUUGAUACAAAACACAAGAUAUUCACAAAUCUGGAUCAACUGACCCGACAAUUGGAUUAUCCGUUGGAUUAUUUUGUUGUCUUCUCAUCCCUGGCUUGUGGUAAAGGAAACGCCGGGCAAUCAAACUAUGCGUUCGGGAACUCCAUGUGUGAGCGUAUAUGUGAAGAGAGACGUAGUGAUGGUCUGCACGGACUCGCCAUACAAUACGGACCCAUCGGUGAUGUGGGAGUGUUUGAAGGGUCGGAUCAGUUGAUGGCAUUCACAACCAUCAGAAAGCAGAGAAUAAACUCGAGUUGCGAUGUUUUGGACAAACUCUUAUCAAUUAAACAACCAGUGGUCACAUCAUAUAUUAAAGUGGAUAUGAGUGCCAAAGAGUCGGGCAGUAAAAAGUCACGUAUGAUCGCAGAGUUGUGGCGAGCGUUGGGUAUCGACCCGGAGGUCACUCCGAAUCACCUAACGCUCGGCGAGAUAGGGCUCGAGUCGAUGUUCGCCGUGGAGUUGCAACAGGAGUUGGAGAGGGAGUGGAAUAUAAAGGUAUCGUUAAAUCACGUCAAGAGUAUAACCAUCGGUAUGUUAAAGGACUACGAGGUGGGCAAUCUUGGUAAUGUGAAAAAGCACCUGGAUGAGUUGAAACAAGCCAGGGCUAAUUUGUUGAAACAAAAGUUCGUAAUUCCUACCGAAACCUAUACGCGCCUAAACGCCGUGACCACCGGUCGACCCGUAUAUCUAAUGCCAACUCUUAUGUUGAAUUUCACCAUGUUCGAGCAGUUAGCACAAUCGCUCAAUCGGCCUGUAGUGGGGCUCAAUUGGACGAGAGAAAUGUCUAAGAUGACCACGAUCAAAGAGCUGAAUCAGUACUUUAUCAAACUGUUGAAACAACUCGAGCCAAACGGCGGGUACGAUGUGGUCGGCUAUUUAGACGGUGCCAUCACUUGCAGCAAAUUGUUGCUCAAAGGAAUGGCAGACAAAGCGGUGAUUAUUGAUGUUUUGUCAGACGAGAGGUUAAAUGGGGAUCAGCUCUCCGAAGAAGAUUUGUUCGUCUCUACGAUGAAUAUAUUGUUCAGCGAAAUGCCGGACAGUAUUAAGAAUAAGAUUGUACGCGAGUUGAAGAAAGAGACCGACACUAAGGCCCGCAUCAGAAUCGUCACCACAGAGUUGGUCGACUUCGCGGGCAAAGGUCUGGUGGCGCCCGAUAUCGACGAGAUAUACGCCAUUUUGUUGGCCAGACUUCGGAUGCUUUUGUCUCAUAGGGCGGAGAAGAGGAAGAAGUUCUCCAAUCGGCUCAAAAUGGCGAUCGGGAAGAAGUGGUCUAAACGUACGGGCAAAUUGAUCAUGAUCAAACCAUUUGUAUUGGAUAAUGUCGAUGAUGUCGAUGAAUUAAUUGGCAAAUCUCGUGACGCAUACUUAUUACCCGCCGCACAGGAAGUGAUACUGAAUGAGUCGGAAAAAGAGGUUAGAAAAUGUAAAAUACAAACUAAAAGGCAGAAAACAACCACCGGUACCGACGAUAUAAGCAAAUCCAAUGAUAAGGUGUCUGAGAUAACCGACUCUUCGUCCCCUUCAACACUGGUUGCAAUCGAUAGCGAAGAGACGUAUAAUAUAGAUAUUUUAGACAUUUUACAAAAUAAUAACAUAAGUAAAGAGACACUGGAUUUGCAAAUAAAUGAAAUCGAGAGCAUAUUAUCGGAUGAGAGCAACUCUUCAGCGGUAACUGCAUUGUCGACAAUUCCCGCACAUAUUAUAUGUAAUACCCUUAAUGUGUCGGAAGGCAUGAAAUUCAACGAACUAAUGGCCGCCACUUAUGACGAAAGGCUGGUCACAAUUCCUCGCCCAACGGCCGAAGUGUCGGAUGUGUCGGAAGGCAUCCAAAUUGUGGCCAAAGAAAAGUUUGCAAAAUUAAUGAAUGAAAUGAAAUAUACAGGAGAUUUGCAAAGAGAGUGUAUUAAACAUAUACUCGACUCGUGUCCACCCGAUAUCAGUCCUCUCCUCAAUGAGAUUUCCGACAGAGACUGUACUCAACUUAUGGCUCCAUAA